AUGGGGACUACAGUUACUCCAUAUGAAUUAAGUGGACUAUCAGGAGAAGAAAGUUGGGCAUUGUUCAGGAGAAAAGCAGCAUUAAUUAAUAAUGGGAGAUCAUCAGGAGGAGGAGGAGGAGGAGGUGCAGUGAAGAAUGCAGAUGAUGAUGAUCUAGUCUUCAGAAUAGGAAAGGAACUUGUUCUGGAAUGCAAGGGUAUUCCGUUGGCGUUAACACUUCUAGGUGCCAUGAUGCGCUUCAAGACAUUUAAUAUACAAGAGUGGGAAACUGUUCUAAAUACUAUGAAAGUACUACGAGGUAGCAAUAAUGAUGUUAUUGAUUCCGUGCUGAAGAUUUGUUACAAUGACAUGGAGUCACCAUUGAAACGAUGCUUUUCAUAUUGUUAUUCAUUACUUCCUGUGAGGAAUUCUACAGUUGAGAAGAAGAAAUUGAUUCAACUAUGGAUGGCUCAAGGUUUACUAGAAGAAGAAGAAGAUGCGGCAUAUUCAAAGAUUAAUAAUGAAGACGAGGAGGAGGAGGAGGAGGAGGAGAAUAGAGGUAAUUCAUAUUUUAAAUCCUUGGUUCUGAGGUCCUUCCUUCAAGUUGUCAAAUUCGAUGAUAAAGGUGAACCUUUAGAGUGCAAGAAACAUGAGCAUUUUUUAAGUUAUUUUCGAUGGUUUCGGUAUCGUAGUCCAUCAGUUUUUGGUCAGAAUGUUUGGAAUCUUCGGACAAUGCUUGAUUGUCGUCCUAAUGAUAUUUAUCCUGGUUGGUUGUUAAAUUAUAAGAGGCUACGUGUACUAGAACUUCAACACUUGAGAAAGGAUGAUGAGUUGUUGCUAUCCUCAAUUGGAGAUGAGUUGAUGCACUUGAGGUAUCUUGAUCUUUCUCAUGGUCGGUUUAAAGCAUUACCUCCCUCCAUUUCCAAACUCUUCCAUUUGCAAACUUUGAAGCUCUUACAUUGUAGACAUCUUCAAAGAUUACCCAAAGGAUUGAGAAAACUGAUCAACUUGAGGCAUCUAGAAAUUGAAACAAGGCUCAACAUUCCAAGAGGUGCUGCUGGUAUUGAAGAACUGGGAUGUCUACAACAACUAGGAGGAAGUUUGAGUUUAAUUGGUCUCGGCGAUGUAAGAAAUGGAGCAGAUGCUAAAGCAGCAAAUUUGAAGGAGAAAGCAAAACUCCAGGAGUUGACAUUAGAUUGGGAAUCGGAUUGGCAUGUUUAUACCAAUGAGGAUGAUAGCAGCAAAGAAGACGAUGUCGUCUUGGAGGAACUCCAACCUCAUCAAAAUCUGUUACUUCUGAGGUUACUACGUUUCAGUGGCACCAAGCUCCCUACAUGGUUGACGAUGUCACAUCAUCAUCUCUCAAAUUUACAGGAACUCUGUGUUUACUCAUGUCAGCAUGUAAAAUCUUUGGAUCUGACAGGCUUGAGGCCUCUUCGGAAACUGAUGAUUUCAUAUUGCGAAAAUCUGGAGUAUGCAGGAGUCGAGGGUCUCAUGCAGUUGGAGCUUUUGGAAUUCAAGGGAUGUGAUAAGCUGAAAUCUCUGCUUGCAGCGCCAGCGAAGAAUAAGAAGAAGGGUGUUGUUGUAAAUGAUCAGGAAGAGCAUCAUCAUCAUCAAGUGGCGGGUUGUUCUUCACGAGAAACUCCAGCUGCAAUCACUGAAGAUACUGGAGAGAAUCUUGUUAAACUUGUGAAGCUGCAGAUCCAAAGUUGCGAUAGUCUUACAUCUUUACCAAAGAAGGAGGUGUUGUUGCUGCAAUCACUGAAGACACUGCAUAUAGAAAAUUGUGCAAAUCCAAUGGUUUUAACCAAGGGCGGCUUAGAAUACCUUUCGUUGCUUCAGCACUUGCAGAUAGAAAAUUGUCCAAAUCUAAAGAAAUUGCCAGAGGGCGUAGGGAAUCUCUCAUCUCUUCAACACUUUGUAAUUAGAGAAUGCCCUAAGCUAAUGUUUUUAUCAGAAGAGAUGCAACACUGGAGAUCGUUGCGAACAAUGAGUAUAUUUGCGUGUACAAAUCUAAAGGCACUGCCAAGGGAAAUCGCAGGACUUACAUCACUUCAAGAAUUGGAGAUCAAGGGGUGUGAUUUCUUGCCCUCUUUUCCAGACGAGAUGCAAUCAGGAUUGAAGUCAUUACAGAUGCUGAAGAUUGAGCGGUGUUCAAAUUUGGUGGUUCUACCUGCCGGCCUGGGCAACCUCUCAUCGCUUGAAGUAUUGGAAAUUUCAAGUUGCAAUAGCUUGAUGUCUUUGCCAGCUGGAGGGAUGCAGCAGCAGCAGCAGCACUACUUAAGAAAACUAGAGAGACUGAAGAUUAAAGGUUGUGAUAAUCUGGAAAUUUUACCAGAGGACUGCCUAGGGAACCUCUCAACCCUUCGUGUGUUGACUAUAAUUGGUUGUCCUAAUCUACAAGUUCUACCAGAGAGCUUGGGAAACCUCCAAAACCUCCAUCUGUUGGAAAUAACUGAUUGUCCCAAUCUAAAAGCUCUACCAAGGGGCUUGGGUGAACUCUCAUCACUUCGAUCUUUGUACAUCCGGAGAUGUCUUAAUUUGACGUCGUUCCCCGACACUCUGCUGCACAUGACAUCUUUACGGGUACUUUGGCUGAUUGAGUGUCAUAAACUAAAAGAUUUGUCCAGCGGGUUGAGAUCUCUCUCAGCACUUGAGAAGUUGACCAUCUGGGGAUGCCACAGCAUCAUCGAGCUUCUGCCACAGGGGAUUAAUAUUCAAGACCUGAUGAAAUCAUUACGAGAGCUGACCAUUUCACAUUGUUCGAAGCUGGAAACCCUGCCGGACGGAUUGGAGUACUUGCCGUCACUUAAAGAGCUGGUUAUUUGGAACUGCCCCAAAUUGAAGUCUUCAGAGAUCGUGAUACAAGGGCUGAAACGGAGAAAAGAGGAGAGCAUGGUGUCAUGGUUGAAGUUACGAAAAUUGAACAUAAAAGACUGUCCUUACCUGGAGACCAUAGAUGAUGAUGAUGAUGAUGAUGAUGAUGAUGAUGCAUCUUAA